AUGGCGGAACCGCAACCCCCACCUCCCUCCACCCACACCACCGAAGAACCAUCCAAGGCGGAAGAACCCCAAACGGCAGGACAAGACAUUGAAAUGCCGGAUGCCACUUCCUCUUCCUCUUCAGCGGUACGCCGCCCCUCUCUUCUCUUCCUCUCUCACGUCGCAAUCCCUGUAACACGGCGUUCCCAGCAGCAACAACAAACCUUCUCCUCCUCCGAACAACCACCUCAGCAGCAAACACAGCAACAACCGCCGCAAGAACAGCCGCAACAACAACAACAACAACCGACCACCAUAUCCGCUACAAAUACCAUUACCAACGGGACCUCUCAUCCUCCUGCUCCUACCGCUGCUCCAGCACCUGCGCCCACGCCAAUGCCUCCUCAACCCCUAGCACACACACCCAGCCACACGCCUUCGCGUAACUCGCCGCAUCCCUCUGCGACCGCGCCCGCGCAUCCCACUGCGACCGCGCCCGCGCAUCCCAUACCGCAUGGAGCACCGACGAGAGUGUAUUUGAAUCAGAAGGUUACGCCGACGCUGUUGGAGGCCAUGAAGCAUUUGGUUACGAUUGAGCCCGAGAAACCGCUGAAGUGGCUGAGUGAGUAUCUGGCGCAGAAAAGUAGGGAGUUGGAGGGGGAGGGGCCGUGA